CGCUGUGAGUCCUGCCCCUCUAUGUACCGUUCCUGUCUGCCUUCAUUUCCGUGGCAGCAUGGGAGCUCUACUGUUUGCUCUUGGCGACUGCAUGAGCUGCUGAGAAGCAAGAAACAAACAGACAACAGUGUGUUCAUUAGUCUGCUAGAAAACAAGCAACCUUUGAUACCUUAAAUGACAAGGAGCAAAAGUAUCCAGUACAGACUUACUUGCUGGAGGCAGAGCAAACUGGACGAUAUAAACAGAACAAGACAAAGAGGGUCCAGCAUAAUCUUGUUACGGGCACAAUGUGGUGUCGCAGGCUGGCAGGUUUUUAUCCAGUUGCAAAAGCACUGCAAACCCUUGUGGUCAGAAAACAGGUUUUAAGACCAUCCAUCUUCCAUAAGAAUGUUACAUCUGUACAUCGCUGGUUCAGUACAUCACCAGAGGUUAAUGUCUGCUCUUGGGUUCUUCACAAUGAUCACCUUGAGAUACUUUAUUCUGGAACCUGUAUGCGCUUUAAUUAUGUGUGGUUGCGUGAUCAUUGUCGCUCAGCUUCCUGUUUCAAUGCCAAAACCAACCAGCGUAGCUUGGACACAGCCAGCGUGGAACUCGAUAUCCAACCGGCUCAGGUGCGAGCGGAUGAGACCACUCUAUACCUCACUUGGCCAGAUGGUCACAUGACCAGAUAUGGGCUAGAAUGGUUGGUGCAAAAUAGCUAUGAAGGUCAGAAGCAUCAGCUGAUCCAGCCUCGAAUCUUGUGGAAUGAAAGGAUCUACAAAGAGGCAAAUGUCCCAUCUGUCAGCUAUUCAGAGUUUCUGGAAACAAACGAGGGACUGAGAGAAUUCCUGCAGAAUUUCUUGCUGUAUGGCAUAGCUUUUGUUGAUGAUGUUCCAGCAACCCGAGAGGAUACAGAGAAAGUAGCAGAGAGAAUUAGCCAUAUCAGGGAAACUAUCUAUGGUAAGAUGUGGGAUCUUACUUCUGACUUCUCACGUGGAGACACAGCUUACACUAAAUUAGCCUUGGAUCGUCACACAGAUACCACAUACUUCCAAGAGCCUUGUGGCAUGCAACUAUUCCACUGUGUGCGGCAUGAGGGGACUGGGGGUCGAACGCUGUUAGUGGAUGGAUUCUAUGCAGCUGAUCAAGUCCGUCGCCAACAUCCAGAUGAAUUUGAACUGCUCAGCAACAUACCUCUGAAACACGAAUAUAUUGAGAACAUGGCAGGAAGUAAUAAUCACAUGGUGGGGAUCGGUCCUGUGUUAAACGUUUACCCAUGGAAUAAAGAGCUUUAUAUGAUUAGGUACAACAAUUAUGAUCGGUCUGUGAUCAGCACUGUGCCUUAUGAUGUAAUACAGAAAUGGUAUAAUGCACAUCGUAAGUUGACCAAUGAACUGAGAAGGCCAGAGAAUGAAUUAUGGGUAAAAUUAAAACCAGGAAAGGUAUUGUUUGUUGAUAAUUGGAGGGUCUUGCAUGGAAGAGAGUCCUUCACAGGAUACAGACAGAUUUGCGGCUGCUAUCUCACACGAGAUGAUGUCCUGAACACGUCACGCUUACUGGGACUAAAGGCUUGAAGGCAUCACAACUGUACAACUUACAUUCAGACCAAAAUCAGCACACAAAGGAAUUGAUCAUAGGAUUUUACAUUGUAAAUCAGCAAAGAAAACCUAAUUUUUAAAGCCUGCUGUACUUUUAUCAAGAAUACAGAAAAACGCUGCUUAAUCCAAUGGAUUAUUCACCUUUUAAUGUUUUUUUUUUUAAAUUGGCACAAUAUGUUAUAUUUCUUGAUUUUAAUACUUAGAACUAUUUAAAAAAUAUAUUUUAAUGUCUUAAAAACAAUAUUGCAGAUAUUUACAAAAUCUGAAACUCAUAAAGCUUUGCAUACAAUUUUGCAGUCACCUCAUAGAGGGGUGUAAAGUGAGGGCUAAUUGAAUUUGCUCUUUUCUUUAUUAGACAAGCCACAUAGCCUGUAAAUUCUCACUAUAAUUUAUCCCAUAGGAAGCAAUGAUUUAUGUAUGUAUUUGCAGUUUAGCCCUGCACUUAAGUAUGAUAAUAAUGAUCACAGCUGAAGGAAGAAGGCUACGUCCAUAGCAAAGGAAUAGCCUAUGAAAUGUACAGGAUGAUGUACUCUGAAGAUACUUCCAAUUUAACAUUAAGGGAACAUUAUUUUCCCUGGCAGCUAAAGACCAACAAAUUUCACGUAUAAUUUUAGGAAGCUGUGGACAAUUUACAGCAUACUCUGAGAGUAAAUUGAAUUAAGUUCUAUGUAAUUAUAUAUAACUAGACAUUAAACCCGUUAAAUUAACGGGCGCUAGAACAUAUGUAGUCAAACAUUUAUAAAAACAGAAUUGUUCUAGUCUAAAUAAAAUUCGCCAGAGACGGUCCGUGGGGCACAUGCGCAGUAGCGCAAUCCCACGAACACAGGGACUGGACGCAGAGACACUUCAACUUUAUUAUAUAGGAUGUAUAUCUAAUUAUAGGUUUUGUGGAUCCCACCCAGCUCUUCACCAGUGCCUUUCUUGGCCAUGUUAGCUCUUACAGUACCUUUUAGGUAUUCUCUGAAUGUUUCAUUUUUACUGUUAAAUGGCACUAACUUAUGUAUUGUAUUAAAGUUAGUAUAGUAUUAAA